CUAAAGAAGGAAAUAGACUCCUUCCGAGGGCUCAAGCAUAAGAGGCUAGUACUUUCUUCAACUGGUCGCCCUAUUUAUUUUUUAUGUUUUGUUUUACACUUUGUCUCUGUCUCGCUUAAACCUAAGCGUCGUACUAGUAGUGACUUCUGAGACUGAGGACAUGCACAUCUGAGAAAGUGACCUUCAUCCUCAACACCGUCCUACAGAGUCAUCAAUCAAGAAUCCGCCAGGU